AUGGGGGUUGCGGAAGCUUGUGACGAGCAGGAUGUGAGCCCUGUAGUGGACUGGGGCCACCUGCCCUUCGAAAUGCUGGAGAAGGUCAAAACAGAGUUAGAAGAGGGGCAACCCAACUCUGCGAACUCCGUGUUGAAGAUGGCCAGGCUAGUGAAUAGACACUGGUGCAAAUGGGUGACCGAGACCGUCACUGCCCUCACCCUCAUGGGAGGCCCUCCCGCCUCCCAGACUGCGGCAACGCUGGCCCAAAAGUUCACGGCAGUGCAGCGGGUGACUAUCGGAAAGGGAGUGAAGUCCCUCACGGAGGGCGACGUGUCGAGCCUGGCAAGGUUUCGCCACUUGAAGCGCCUGGAUUUCCGGUGCAACAUUCCCAACGAGGCCCUGAGCCCUGUGGGGUCCCUGACCGGGCUCACUCACCUGGACCUGUGCGGGUACUGGACGCUCACGGACGACGGGUUCCUGGGGCUGGGUGAGCUGACGGCAUUGAAGAUACUUGAUCUGCACAGGGUCUACCGAAUCACAGAUGUGAGUUUGGCCCAUGUGGGCAAGUUCAUGAGCCUGAGGCAGCUGAGGCUGUCGGGGGGAUGUGGGAUCACCGACCAGGGCCUGGCCCACAUAGGAAACCUGAUGUCACUCACCCACUUGGCCAUGUCCAACUGCAACGUCACUGAUGACGGGUUGCAGAGGAUGGGCAUCCUGCCGGCUAUCGAGCACCUGGCGCUGAAGCACUGCACGAAGAUCUCCGACCUGGGGAUGGCCUAUGUGGGCCUGCUGACCACGCUGCGCAGCCUGAAGCUGGAGGGAUGCUACAGGGUGACGGAUGCGGGGAUAGAGCUGCUUGGCGGCCUCCAGUCGCUCACCCACCUUGACCUGUCAGACUGCGGGGACAUAACAGAUGAGGGGCUGGCCUACAUGUGGCGGUUCGCCGCCCUCAAACGGCUGGAGCUGAGUCGUUGCGACAAGGUCACAGACGUGGGGCUGUCACAGCUGGGUAAGUUGAAGUCGUUGAAACGGCUCAAUGUGGGCGGGUGCACAAGAAUAACAGACUAUGGGUGCAGAAGAUGGGAGGUGGGUCGCUGCUAA